AUUGCUAACGCUCUCGCUUGCUCACUUCCCCCUCGCGUCUCCGCCUUUACCCACUUCUCAACGCCCCCCCCCCCUCCACUGCUCCACAGAACUACAACCGCCUCCUGCCUCUCUCUCGACCUCUACCGAACCUCUCUCUGUCUGGCAGCAUGGACGCCGGCGUCACGUCAUUCCGGUCGAUACUCGAGAAACCCCUCACUCAGCUCACUGAAGAAGACAUUUCUCAGCUCACUCGCGAGGAUUGCCGCAAAUACCUCAAGGAAAAAGGAAUGCGGAGACCUUCCUGGAACAAAUCACAAGCGAUCCAGCAAGUAAUCUCCCUCAAAGCUCUUCUUGAACCUAGUGAAGAUUCCGGUGCCGGUGCUCUGAGAAAAAUCUUGGUUUCCAAACCACCGGCUACUUCAAAUUCGGUUCAUUCAAUUAAGGAGCCCAGUGAUACCAAUAACAACGCGAUUUCGGGGUCUGCAGAUGAGACUGCUCCGAGUCGGCAAAACGACUCUCCAAAAGCUACUCCUCCAGGGCCGUUAGAUUCCCAACCGGGAGAGACCGAUAAUAAAGACAGUGCCACCAGAUGUAAUGAUGCAGCAGAUGGAUUGGUUGGGCAAAUGACAAUUUUCUAUUGUGGAAAGGUGAAUGUGUAUGAUGGAAUCCCUCCUGAUAAGGCCCAGACAAUCAUGCAUCUUGCAGCAAGUCGAAUUCAAUUACCUCUGGAUGAUCCAACUCGUAGACCUGCAUUUUCAUUUCCAUGUCAUUUUCAGAUCCCAAGUGACAAACAUGGUUUUAUUCCUCCGAAUGCUGCAGUCUUUCAAUCUACUCAAACAGAAAAGAUGAAAGAAUACUCUCAUCCGUGUAAGGACAAAGCAAACAUAUCUCUUGAACCUGAUGUAGAGGGUCAAGCAAACAGAAGAGUGUCAUUGCAGAGAUAUCUGGAGAAGAAAAAAGAUAGGGGAAGAUUUAAGGGCAGGAAAAAUACAGGGCCCACUUCUUCUAGCUUGGAGGUGUAUUUGAACCAUCAUGUGAGGAUGCAUACCUCAAGUGAACAAACAACCAGGAGCAGCACAAGCUCUCCAUCCCAGCCUGGAGUACCACCUACCUUGUGUAGCUCAGCUGAGGAUCAGUCAAAGAUUUCCUGUUUUUCUGUUGAUCUUAAUGAAGAUGUCCGAGAAUGUUGAAAUGCUAGUUGUGAUGGACGAUGCUUCGAACUUUGUAGAGUGCCCUGUAUAGACAAUCACCAUUGUCUAAGAGGAAACAACCUAACAAUAUUCAGCUGUUCAGCAUGCGUGCAGCUUACAUGAUCUGAGCUCUUCCUUGAUGAUGAAGGCAGUUUUUAUUUUUAUGUUUUGUUUUUAACUAAACUCAUGCCAUCCCCACCUCUCCCUAAAGAUCCCUAUGAGAGAAUUACUAGUUAGCAAGGGAUUUUACUCUCAGCUGAUCAAUUUUGUACUAGAAUCAUGAUCCUGAGAAAUUCCUUGUUUCUGAUUGUAAUAUAACCUUGGGUUGAACCAUGCAGCCACGAGCAGAUAAGCUCUUUACAUUAUGUAAACUUGAAUGGAUGCUACCAUUCAACGUUCUUGAAGCUUUUCAUCUAGUUUUUACCUUCCUGGAUGAUUACUAGCAUGACAUGCAACUGCCCUGUACUUGAUAGGCCAAAUGCAUAAUUUAUCUUCUAUUUUGUUUUA